AUGGCGAGUCGCCGCCGUACUCUACUCUCUUUACCGGCCGAGUCGCUUCUCGCUGUUGCUGAAAUUCUAUGCAACCUCGGUGAUGCGGAAUACAGCCAACCGCAGGGUCCCGCCGCCUUGCAUGCGCUCUCCAUGACAUGCAAACGCCUCAAUGCUAUCACCGCUCACUGGAUCUUCGCCGACUACGUCCUACGCUUCCGCGUCGCUGGCGUAGAUGCCGGUGCAGACAACGCAUCCGACCGGCACCUGACGGCUCCCCAGACGCCGCUAUGGAGCGCGACCACCUUCGGGAGCUUGGGAGGUCCCGACCGCACCUUGAAGCGCCUGACGCCACUGGACAAAGACGUCACCUUCGAAAACUGGGACGACGCCGCCAUCGCCGCCCGACUCGCUCAUCUGCGCACCAAGUCUGCGUACGUACGCACCCUCACAAUCAGGGACAGCCGCUUGACGCUCGACGGACCCGCGGCAUUCGCAGUGCCUCAGGCGGUGGUGGACGCGUUGAUGCGCAUGCAGUUCACGCGCUUAAGUUCCAUCAAGUUCGAAUGCGACGAUUCGUACGGGCCUGCAAGCCUAUCGUCGGGGCUCUGGAGCUUCAUCGUCCGCCAGAAGACGCAUUUGCGCCAACUCACUCUCAAGGGCUUCGAGGACAUCCCCGAAGACGAUGCUACACUGAGUUUGGACAGCAUCAGCCUUGGCACAUUCAACUCAAGGACGGCGGGCCUUUUGCAGCGCGUCGGAAAACCAAAGGCGAUCGAGCUUCGCUGCCCUUUGAGCGAGGCCCCUCCUCCUUUCAAGCCUGAUGACCCAUCUAUUCGGUCGAUCGUCGUCGACCUCCACUCCGAAUGGGAUCCUGAUCCGGAGGCGUGGCGCUUUGACUUUUCCAAGGUCCCAUACGCCAGUAUCGAGUUCAACUACAGCAUACCUUGCGAGGAGCAGAGCUACACCCGCGAACAGUGGAAUCAGAUCAGGCUACGUUUCCCGAAGCUAAUCUCUGGAGACUUGCGGUCGUGGGGCUGUAGGCGCACGGGCCCGCUCGAUAUCACCGUCUGGCGCUCGGCCUUGUCCUCCCCACAGGCACAGAACCGUGCCAUCGCACAAUCAGGAGAGCGACGCCGGGAAGAAGAGGCGGAAAAAUCUACCUACGACUGGUGGCGUUUGCAGGCGCAGGGUUACAUGUGA